ACGAAGCCGUAGGCAGUCGUCACCAUGGGGCCUCUGUGGUGGCGCGUUUUUCUGCUCUCCCUGCUGUUAUCUGGAUUAUUGUCCGGUGCGGUUUCGGACGACAUAGGUGGAUCCUACUAUCAAAACCACACUAUCCGUCUGUUGGGAAGUCCGUACGACGUUACAAAUGAAAUCAUCGUCGGUGAGUCGGCAACUCUGACGGUCGAGGCGGGGGUUCGGCUGUUCUUCCCGGAGGGGGUCGGCAUGACCGUGCGGGGACGGCUGAUAGCGGUGGGCACACCUGAUGAUAGAAUCGUCUUCGACCGGAAGAGGAACCCUCCUGACGACCAAGCGAACAACGUGACACGUGACCACGACAUCCGGCUGCUGGGUCCCACCGUGUUUGAAGGACGUGUUCAGGUCAAACGUAACGGGACGUGGGGUUCUCUAUGCCUGUCAACAGGGUUAUGGAGGAACUCAGAAGCAAUUGUGGUCUGUCGACAACUGGGGUUCGAAACCGGGCGAGUGGAGAGCAAGUACCAGUUUGGCACAGGACGCAUGGCUGUGUGUGACCUGGAGUGUCUGGGCAAUGAGACCAACAUCUACGAGUGCAACCACGACGAUCUUGACUUACCACCUACAUGUAGCCAAGGCCGAAACCGAAGAGACCUCGGUGUGGUAUGUGAGGGAGUGAAUCACAGAGAUGGCGUCUAUUGGGAAGCAAUAGACAUUCGUACAACCAAUGAAGCUAUGAAGUCCACAUUAGACAAUGUGGACAUAUUCCAUGCCGGAGGUCGUGGAACAAAUCCAAACGCAGAAAGAGCCGCUAUUAUUAGCGCAACGGUGCCCCCUCUGCUACACAACGUCAAUAUCCAGUACUCUGGAGACGCCGCUGUAAGAGUUGAUAACCCAACGACUACUUUUCAAAUGGAGAAUUGCGACAUCUCAGAGAAUCAAGGGGUCGGGCUGAUACUGAAGAAUCCUUCAGCAAACGUGACCAUUGUCUCCAGCACCUUCAGUAAGAAUUUCCCAGUAGGAAUGCAGGUGACCGGAGGACACACAGGAUCAACCCUCCAGAUCACUGACAGCACGUUUGAACAGAACAGUGGUGCCGGCCUGAUGUUGUCUGAAGUCCCGAUGAACGUGGACAUACGUCAGUCAAACUUCAGUACAAACUCCCAUUACGGACUCAGUGUCUUCACCACAACAAGUGUCAAUCUUGUGACCGAUAGUUGUCACUUCAAUCGCAACGGUCUGGACGGUUUCCAUGCCCGAUAUCUUGGCGUGUCGGGCGACAGACGCCGCACUGUCUUACGUGAUGGUGGGGCAGAAGGUAACAUUGGAUGUGGGUUUGAUCUGGAAAUAGAAUAUCAGGAAGGCCAGAACAUUGUGUCUCCACCGAUUUCAGACCAAAUCAUCAUAGACCAAUACGACUUUGCUUCUAAUGGAAACGGUGCAGUUAGGAUAACCGUUGACAACUCUUACGAAGAUCGUUUCCCGGUAGUCCAACUCACAGGUGGAGUUUAUCAAGACAACAUGGCGACGACUAUCGAAGUUGGCGGGACUCGUGCGGAGGUUACAAUCCAGGACAGUCAGUUUGACUCAAGUCAGUGCGGCAGUAAGUCGGUCAUCCAUGUACAUGGGUACGACAAGGCAGUAAACAUAACAGGGAGCAGGUUUGUUCGCAAUGUCUGCAGACGGAUGGUGCUAUUCAACACGACAGAUAUGUCUGCUGACGUUCAUCCUAUUUUUGUGGAAGAUAACAUUUUUGAAAACAAUGAGUAUGAACCAAAGUCACUGGCUCACAUCUCUGAUCCGCUAAAUGAGUACUGCACCAUCGAAGUUGUGGGAUCAGGAGAAGAACACACCAUCACCCAAAAUUCGUUCCUCAAUGGUCCAACAGGUUUAGAACUUUGCAGCAGUGGUGGUUCUCAUCCAGUGGUUAUGAAUCAGAUUAGAGCAGAAAUAAAUUGGUGGGGAACAUCAGAUAUCAAUUCAAUAAAAGAAAAGAUAUUUGACAACAAUGACUGGUACAGUGGAGUUGAGAUCAAGUUUUCCCCGUACCUAGACUCGCCUUCAGGCAGUCCAAUAAGCACUGUAGACACAGAAAUUAUGACAGCCUCGUCGUUAGGCGGCCGUCUGAAUGGAACAUUGCACAUAACCACCUCCGAUAGCCCCGUCACCCUGACACGAGACCUCACGAUCUUACCGGGCUCUGUUCUCAGUGUUGAAGCAGGAGUUGAGUUCCUUGUACAGGAACGUGUUGGUAUCCUCAAUAUGGGGAAACUGGAGUUAGACGGACUAGUCAAGUCCUAUAACAUUCGAUGUCAACCGUAAAACCGGGCCAAA